UCUAACUCUUCUCAGAUAAGAGGUAAAUGGGUUGGCCGAGGAAUUUCUCUUGCACAUAACAUCAACUGAUCUCCUAUAAAAGCCAGCAGUGCUGCCUAAGGUGAAGACCUUAUCUCUGCGCCUCUGAGAGAAAUGGCAUUUGGUGGAAGUCUGUGGAUACUGAUAUUAUAUAUGACCAUUUUCAUUCAUUCCUUGUUGUUUGCUUGGGGAGUUUGUUAUCGCCUUACCAGGAUGCAGCUGCCUCGAGGAAUCAGCUGUCGUGCAAGGCUACUAGCUUUCGAUUUCUUCCUGGGAUAUGGACUUGUACUGGCAGGAAUUCUUGAAAAACUGGGCAUCUGCCAUAGAUAUUCCAUAAUCAGGGUCGGGCCCUUAUUCAUUCCAAUAAAGAAGGACCCAAAGCUGAUCAUAAAGGAUCUGGAUUUUAAUGGAGUGCCCGUGAGGGUGUACUGGCCCAAGACAUCACCUGCUGGGAAAAGGAGAGGAAUCAUCUGUGUACAUGGAGGUGUUGGACUAUUUGGAAGCAUCCGAACCACUGAAAAGAUUUGCCGUUCCAUUGCUCACCAAACUGACUCAGUGGUUAUGUGUGUUGAAUUUCGUUUAGCUCCUGAGCAUCCCUAUCCAGUCCCUGUACAGGACUGUUUAACUGCUACAAUACACUUUCUGAAGAAUGCCAAGGAAUACGGAGUGGACCCCAGCCGCAUUGCCAUUGUUGGGGAGAGUAGCGGAGGCACUUUUGCUACUGCCAUUUGUCAAGAACUGGUGACCAGAGAGGACCUGCCAAGAGUGCGAGCUCAGGUCCUCGUCUACCCAUUCCUACAAUCAGUGGACUUUGAUUUGCCAUCGUAUCAGCAAUACCAUUCAGUUCCUCCCUUGUUCAGGAAACGUGCUAUUAAAACUGGUUUGACAUAUCUCACUGGCAAGAAAAUCAAUAUAGAUGGAAUUCUGAAAGGUGCCCAUGUCCCUCCUGUUUUGAGAGAGAAAUGCAAAAAAUGGAUCAGUGCUGAUAACAUUCCAGAAGAAUUUAAGGCCAGGGGCUAUGUCCCUAAAGCUCCUGCUCCAUUUUCAGAAGAACUUUACGAGCAAGUUAAAAGAGCUGGUGAGACAAUGUUUUCCCCCCUUCUAGCAGAGGACGACAUAAUCCGCCAGCUCCCGGAGACUUUCAUUCUAACCUGUGAGUAUGAUGUUCUCCGGGACGAUGGGCUGUUGUACAAGAAGCGGCUAGAGGACAAUGGUGUGCCAGUGACAUGGUUUCAUGUACAAGAUGGAUUCCAUGGAAUAAUGGCCAUGGCUGGUUGGCAGUCAAUUGAAUUUCCAAGCACACAAAAAUGUUUGCAGAAUGUAGUAGAGUUCUUAAAAGGUUUAUAGAAAUGAAUGAUUUUAAUAAAUUAGACUGAGUAGAACCUUGGAUCAGAGUUUUUUACUUCAGGAUUGUCACAAAUAGGAAAAAAAUAUCCUGCAACAAAAGAGGAAGAAUAUUGCUGGAAGACAAAGAAGGUCAUUCAUUUCUAUAAACUUUUUAAAAGAACUAUACUGUAUUACAUUUUCCCUCAUUGCU